AUGGCCAACACUCCCCCGGCGUCGCCACUCGGCCAUGUCGCUCACCACCAUCACCACCACGAACAGCAACAACAACACGACACGGGCGCCGCCAUCCGACCCAUCGCAAAGGCCGACGUACACCGCAUCACCAGCGGACAAGUCGUCCUCGACCUCCAGACCGCCGUAAAGGAGCUCGUCGAAAACGCACUCGACGCCGGCGCAACAAACAUCGAAGUCCGCUUCCGCGACUACGGCGCAGACGCAAUCGAGGUCAUCGACAAUGGCUCCGGCAUCGACCCGUCCAACUACGACGGCAUCGCCCUCAAGCACCACACGUCGAAGCUCGCCAGCUUCAGUGACCUCGCCAUGGUCCAGACUUUUGGCUUCCGCGGAGAGGCCCUCUCGUCGCUCUGCGCCCUCAGCCAGGUCGUCAUACACACCGCCACCUCUGACGACGCUCCCGUAGGCACCAUCAUCGAGCUCGACCACGCCGGCUGCGUCAGCUCGAGGGAAAAGAAGGCGGCUCGCCAGCGCGGCACCACCGUCACCGUCACCGGCCUCUUCAAGAGCCUGCCCGUACGCCGCAAGGAGUUUGAAAAGAACCUCAAGCGCGAAUUCGCAAAGGCCCAGAGCCUGCUCCAGGCCUACGCCCUCAUCAGCAGGGGCGUACGCUGGACCUCGAGCAACCAGCCAAAGGCAGGCAGGAGGACGCCGCAGUUUUCCGUCAACUCCUCGGCCUCGGACAGCUUCCUCGUCUCCAACGUCUCGUCCCUCUUUGGCGCUCGAGUCGGACCCACCCUGAUGCCGCUCGACCUGACCCUCUCCUUUGCGCCGAUCCGGUCCCGGCGCGAUGGCGCAGGCGCGUCACUCCCGGUCGCUUUAGCCGAGAACCAGAAUGGAGACGAAGAUCGUCCGGAGACGGAUGCGAGUCAAGCGGGAGCUGAAGGCGCAGACGACGUCGACGACGCCGAGACGACGGUCAAGGUGGUCGGCGUCAUUUCCAAACCGACGCACGGCAACGGCCGCACCUCGUCCGAUCGCCAGUUCUUCUACAUCAACGGCCGUCCCUGGGAGGCUGGCCGCAUCUCGCGUGCCUUUAACGAGGUAUACAGGUCCUACAAUGCCAGCCAGCUGCCCUUCGUCAUUGCCGACUUCCGCCUGCCCACCGACUCGUACGACGUCAACGUCAGCCCGGACAAGCGCACCAUCUUCCUCCACGAAGAGGCUCGCCUCAUUGAAAAGGUCCGGGACAGACUCGACGAGCUCUUUGCUCCGACCCGGGGCGUGUUCAAGGUGGGCGACGCCAGCCAAUCAUCCAGGGCAUUGGCAACGCAGACCAAGCUGGCAGUCUUCGCGCCGUCGGCAAGCACCCAUCGACAGCCAUCGCCGCGGUCCACGAUAUGCGACGGGCUGACACCCGAGGCGGACGGGUCUGAUGCGACCAGCUCGCUGCUAGCGUCAGAGCAGCGUGCCGAAGAAUCUCAGACGGAGAUCGAGCGCCGGCCGCCGUCCCCAAUGGGCGCCGCUGACGAUUCCGGGCUCGUCGAUCAGGACCUACAUGACGAACACGACGAAGAAGGAGAGACGUCGUGCGAUGGCGUUCAGGUGCACGAUCAGGAUGACAGCGAGACUGACGUGGCGGGGCCAUCAGGCCGCCAGCAAUGUCGUCGCGACCCGCUUCCGUCGUCACCCAGACGCGACGACGGGCCAGCGUACCCAAAACGUCUUCACGAACCCACCAUGGAUACGACGCGCGCAUCGUGGUCACCCGUCAAGCGGUUGCGCCUCUCGCCGCCACCGGAACCCUCAUCCCCGAGCCUUGAUGACCUGCUCGGCAGCUCUUCGCAAUCAUCCCCGAGCGCCGGAAAGCACAAGCGUGCCAGAGUGGACCUCAUCAGGUCGCUCACCAGCUACGCGCUCCCGGGCAGCCAGAUUGCCGAGAUGCUUCGGACACGGCAAGAGGAUGCGGCAGAGCUAGACGACCUGGAUCUCCAGAGGCUUGAAUACGCAGAAGAGGCAGGCGGCGACGAGGACCGCGGGGAAGACGAGCUUUCUUCAAUGAUCGGAGACGACGUCGAAAGACAGAUGUCACAAGGCCUCGAGCCCACAGGUGCGGUCGCGGAGGCGGACCGCGAUGACCAACUCGUCGACGACGGCACGGCGGGACUCGCGGCGUCGGAUACGGAAGAGCGGAUCCGCAACCUUGCCGCGUUAGAUGCGACACAAGGCAGCUCCGAGGACGAGCAUGCCCUUGAAGACGAAAGACUAGUGGCGAGCGCCGCCAGCGACGCCGACGAAGAUCGCGAGCCUACGAUUGCCUUCGACCUUGGCAAGAUCCGCAAGCGCAUCGAACGCAGGUCCACGCUCUUGGGUGGCGAGCCCGAUCACAGACCAGUGGAAAAUGCUCCACGGGACGUUGAUCUUUCGGACGAAGCGGUCGGCCUGCUUGAUGCUGGCGUGGACAACGUCGAUGCCGUGUCGGCCGAGGCAUCGCUGAACCGCGUCAUCCACAAGUCCGACUUCGCCUCGAUGGAGGUCAUUGGCCAGUUUAACCUCGGCUUCAUCAUCGCCAGACGCCGCCUGCCACAGCCAAUGGGCGAUGCAGCCGUCUCGGAAUCGACGCCGACGGCCGCCGGGAUGGACGACCUGUUCAUCGUUGACCAGCACGCUUCGGACGAAAAGUUCAACUUCGAGACGCUACAGCUUGAGACGCGGGUGCAAUCGCAGCGGCUCAUCCUGCCACGGCCGCUCGAGCUAAGCGCGUCCGACGAGCUAGUGGCGAGCGAGCACAUCGAAACCCUCAAACGGAACGGCUUUGAGAUCGAGGUUGAAGAGAAUGGGCUGCCCGGGAGGAGGGUCCGACUGGUCGCGCAGCCGGUCAGCAAAGGGACAGUAUUUGGCGUCAAAGACCUCGAGGAGCUCCUCUACCUGCUCCGGGACAUCACGCCCGGCUCGUCCGCCACGUUGUCGGUGCGCUGUACCAAGGCGCGGGCGAUGUUUGCGUCGCGCGCGUGCCGCAAGAGCGUCAUGAUCGGCACGGCGCUGCAGAAGCGGCAGAUGAAGCGCAUCCUCGAGCACAUGGGCGAGAUUGAGCAGCCAUGGAAUUGCCCGCACGGUAGACCGACGAUGCGGCAUCUGGCCUGCCUCCAAGCCAUCGACUCGGCACCGUCGCCGGCGAGCGCGCGGCACGCUAGCAAGAGGGUCGACUGGGGCAAGGUGUUCGAGUAG